AUGACCCGCUGCUCAGUGACUCUGUGGUGUGUGAUCCUCAGGUCCUUCUACAGCCUGGGGCAGGGCGUGUGGCUCCCCGUCAGUAAGAGUUUCGUGGUGCCCCCCGUGGAGCUGUCCAUCAACCCCAUCGCCAGCUGCAAAACAGACGUCCUGGUGACCGAGGACCCAGGGGAGGUCAGAUGCGAGCUCCACGAGGUCAGGACAUUGCUGGGUUGCCAUCCUCAGUCUCAGACCCUGGUCCUCACAGUCUCAGACCCUGGUCCUCACAGCCUCAGACCCUGGUCCUCACAGUCCCAGACCCUGGUCCUCACAGUCCCAGACCCUGGUCCUCACAGUCUCAGACCCUGGUCCUCACAGUCCCAGACCCUGGUCCUCACAGCCACAGACCCUGGUCCUCACAGCCUCAGACCCUGGUCCUCACAGCCUCAGACCCUGGUCCUCACAGUCCCAGACCCUGGUCCUCACAGUCCCAGACCCUGGUCCUCACAGUCCCAGACCCUGGUCCCCAGUCCAGACCUGGUCCUCACAGCCCAGACCCUGGUCCUCACAGUCCCACAGACCCUGGUCCUCACAGCCUCAGACCCUGGUCCUCACAGCCUCAGACCCUGGUCCUCACAGUCCCAGACCCUGGUCCUCACAGUCCCAGACCCUGGUCCUCACAGUCCCAGACCCUGGUCCUCACAGUCUCCAGACCCUGUCCCAGACCCUGGUCCUCACAGUCCCAGACCCUGGUCCCCACAGUCCCAGACCCUGGUCCCCACAGUCCCAGACCCUGGUCCCCACAGUCCCAGACCCUGGUCCCCACAGUCCCAGACCCUGGUCCCCACAGUCCCAGACCCUGGUCCCCACAGUCCCAGACCCUGGUCCCCACAGUCCCAGACCCUGGUCCCCACAGUCCCAGACCCUGGACCUCACAGUCCCAGACCCUGGACCUCACAGUCCCAGACCCUGGUCCCCACAAACAAAACCCAGGAACAGCCAGACUCCAAACUGUCUCUGUGCCAUGUGCCGCACUCACCCACGAGAGGCUGCCUCACCCACGAGAGGCUGCCUCACCCACGGGAGGCUGCCUCACCCACGAGAGGCUGCCUCACCCACGGGAGGCUGCCUCACCCACGAGAGGCUGCCUCACCCACGGGAGGCUGCCUCACCCACGAGAGGCUGCCUCACCCACGGGAGGCAGCCUCACCCACGAGAGGCUGCCUCACCCACGAGAGGCUGCCUCACCCACGGGAGGCUGCCUCACCCACGAGAGGCUGCCUCACCCACGAGAGGCUGCCUCACCCGCGAGAGGCUGCCCCACGCCUGGCUCUCCUGGUGGGCCGCCGCGGGGUCGCAGAGGGUCCAGGGCCCUUCAGGGACUGGACCGGAUCCUGGGAAGAGGCCAUGCUGUCCACAUACUUCGAGAGCGUGGACGACCUACUGGCUUCCUUCGGUCCCGUCAGAGACUGCUCCGAAGACAACGGAGGCUGCAAACGGAACUUCAAAUGUGUCACGGACCGACAGAUGGACUCCUCCGGCUGUAUGGAGGAGGAGGAGGAGGAGGAGGAGGAGGAGGAGGAGGAGGAGGAGGAGGAGGAGGAGGAGGACUGUGUCUGGAUCAGGACAAUGGGGGAUUACAGACAGCUUUUCCCUGGCUGCCUCGCUGUGAUGAAUGGGCCCAAUCUCCCCAUGGCUGGAGAAGCAUCACAUCCACACGUUCCUUUCACCGACAAGAUCUGA